GUGGACGUUGACGUGGACUGGACGUGGACGUGCAUGGACGUGGUCGUAGUCUUGGACGUGGACGUGGACGUGGACCUGGACGUGGACGUGGACGUGGACGUGGACGUGGACGUGGAGGUGGACGUGGACGUGGACGUGGACGUGGACGUGGACGUGGACGUGGACGUGGACGUGGACGUGGACCUGGUCGUGGUCGUGGACGUGGACGUGGACUUGGACGUGGACGUGGACGUGGUCGUGGACGUGGACGUGGACUUGGACGUGGUCGUGGACGUGGACGUGGACGUGGACGUGGACUUGGAGGUGGUCGUGGACGUGGACUUGGACGUGGUCGUGGUCGUGGACGUGAACGUGGACUUGGACGUGGUCGUGGACGUGGACGUGAACGUGGACGUGGACUUGGACGUGGUCGUGGACGUGGACGUGGACGUGGACUUGGAGGUGGUCGUGGACGUGGACUUGGACGUGGUCGUGGUCGUGGACGUGAACGUGGACUUGGACGUGGUCGUGGACGUGGACGUGAACGUGGACGUGGACUUGGAGGUGGUCGUGGACGUGGACGUGGACGUGGACGUGGUCGUGGACGUGGACGUGGACGUGGACGUGGACGUGGACUUGGACUUGGACUUGGACGUGGACGUGGACGUGUACGUGGACGUGGUCGUGGACGUGGACGUGGACGUGGACGCGGUCGUGGACUUGAACGUGGACGUGGAGGUGGUCGUGGAGGUGGUCGUGGACGUAGACGUGGACGUGGACGUGGACGUGGACGUGGACGUGGACGUGGACCUGGACGUGGACCUGGACGUGGUCGUGGACGUGGACGUGGACGUGGUCGUGGACGUGGACGUGGACGUGGACGUGGACCUGGUCGUGGUCGUGGAGGUGGACGUGGUCGUGGAGGUGGACGUGGUCGUGGAGGUGGUCGUGGACGUGGACGUGGACGUCGACGUGGACGUGGACGUGGACGUGGACGUGGUCGUGGACUUGGACGUGGACUUGGACCGGGACGUGGACGUGGACGUGGACGUGGACGUGGACCUGUACGUGGACGUGGACGUGGACGUGGACGUGGCCGUGGACUUGGAAGUGGACGUGGCCGUGGUUGUGGCCGUGGUCGUGGACGUGGACGUGGACUUGGACAUGGACGUGGACGUGGACGUGGACGUGGACUUGGACGUGGUCGUGGACGUGGUCGUGGACGUGGACUUGGACGUAGACUGGACGUGGUCGUGGAUGUGGACGUGGUCGUAG